AUGGUCUUCAAGGUCCUUCCCAGCCGAGAGCCUGGUACCAACCCGGACACGGCUCCGCCCCUGCCCAGGGGCGUCCCGUCGUGCCCUGCGCCGGGGCUUCUACAGAGGUGGGGGCGCCUCCCGCCUUUCCGCGGUCCCGACCCCGAACUCCUCUCCCCAGUUUUUUCGGGUGCCCUACCCUAUCAACGUCUAGCAUCCCAGCCAAUCACGCGGGCCCGGAGUCUUACCUUCAGUCCACCCUCCUCCCAGUGCCCAGCCGGCCUGAGCGCAAGGCCUUUACCAGGCCAAUCCAAUCAGCGGCCGACUUUGGCCGACCUCACCCCAAUCUCCCUCCCCUCAGCCAAUCCGCGAGCCCCAUGCUCCUGCCCGCCCAGCCAACCCUGGGCCUUGAAAUCAGCGGGCGAAUGGGCGCAGGGCGGCCCUUCAACGCUAACCGCCUGGCCAAUUGGGGAUUCCGCGUGGCCACAGCGGCAGCCAAUCAACAUGGAGCGCGGUGCCGCCGCGGAGAGGUCCGGCCCGAAUAUCCCUCCGCCUUCCUCUCCCCUCCUCUCUCCCUCCCUGCGAGCUGCCGUUCACUCACCGCCUCCCUUCCCUUCUUUCUCCCUCCGCCACCCGAGCACCAGCCGCGCUCUGAGCAGCCCCCGGGGUCCCUCCCCCGCCGUCAGAGGAGCAGCUGCCGCCGCCGCCAGCAGCAAAUUAGGAGGGAGGAAGGAGGAAAGGAGGAAGGAAGGGGAGCUGGAGCGACUACCAAGAGGGAGCCGGUGA